AGUGUGAGCAGCUCUUUCUCCCCCCAGGAGUUUCCCUCCAGCUUCCCUCCCCAUUAACCGAGCGUCCCCCCCUCAUGGUGUCCUCCGGGAGGCUCCUCGGCAUUCACUCGACUUUUCGGCCACUCUGGGGUGUCCGCGACCAUGGAAACGUGCUUAGUGAGUCCCGUCCCGGGUCCGCGGUGUCCGCUGCUGCUGCUGCUGCUGCUGCUGCUGGCCGGGCCGGGGCCCCUGCAGGCGGCGGGGACCCCGGGGCCCCCGGGGCCCCCCGCUCCCAACAGCACCGGCGGGGUCCCGGGUGGGCUUUACUCCCACGUUACCACUGAUGAUGAACUGAGAAGCGCUGGAGGCGCCGCAGCUUCUACUUCUUACUCCAGCGAGAGUUUAUCCCCAUCACAGAGACACGUCCUGCUCACGCACGCUGCUGGAAACCCGGACGCUGAGCAGACGAAUACCUUCACAGAAACGAGCACCAAGCCACCACAGGCCACAAAUCUGUCAACUGAGCCACUUACCUCCACCCUCAUAGCCACCACUGAGGCUGACAGUGGCAGCAGCAGCAGCAGCAGUAGUAGUAGUAGUAGUAGUAUUAGUAGUAGUAGUAGUAGUAGUAGUAGUAGUAGUAGUAGUAGUAGUAGUAGUAGUAGUAGUAGUAGUAGUAGUAGUAGUAGUAGUAGUAGUAGUAGUGCUAGUAGUAGUAGGAGUAUCAGCACCAGCAGCAGCAGCAGUAGUAGCAGUAGUGGCAGCAGAAGCAGUAUCAGUAGCAGUGACUGGACGGAUUUUACUAACACAAACCAGAUGCCAAGCGUCACCCACGCUGUGUCCCGGGAGGCCAGGUCCAGUCAGACUGUGGAGGAGGGAACAGCUCGCGACAGCCCAGCAUCCACCCACCUGUCAGAGGCUUCCACCUCGCAGGUGUCGCACACGGCGGUCCUCACCAACACCACGUACACCACCACCAUCAGCCGCGCCGGGGAGAGGACCCUGCUGUCCGUUACCUCCUCCUCCAGCAACAGCACCUCCUCCGCCUUUACAGAAGACUCCAGUCCCCAUCAUCCUCUUUCCACCAGGGAAAUGCCUCCCAGCCCUGCAGAGACAGAAGAUUAUACCCAAAGUGGGCCGUCUACAAGGACUAACGGGGGAGACGUAACAGAGCAGCACGCAACCGGAGCCUCUUCAGAGACCGGAAGCCCAGCGAGCACCAGCGGGACCCGGAGUUUAACUGAACCUAAGACCACCGACCACCAGCACACUUCAACAUCACAGGAGACGUCCGACUCCACGCCGCCUCUCAGAGUGUCAGAGCCCAGCACCGGCCAAUCAGAGGUGUCCGUGUCCUCCACACCACCGUUCACGUCACCUGUGGGAGGUGCUACAAGUGUUUCUGGGACGGACCAGGAGCCCGGCUCGAGUGUGGGAACGUCCACGGAGUCUUCCACCGGAGCCCACAGCUCUCACACUGACAAUCAGGAGGGAGACGAGAGGAUUCCCUCCCAGACCAGCGAGGGCGGGGUGGGCCAGGGUCUGACGGCCGCUCCCUCCACAGUCAGCAGCAGCACAGCUGAAAUAAACAAGCCUAUGACGGACAUGCCGGUGCUGGUUACCAGGGCCUUCCUCACCGCCACACCAGCCACGCUUACGGAAAGCAGCUCACCGUUAACAGAGGAGGACGUUUCCAGAGCGACAGGCUUCACCACCACCACCGUGGCCUCUACCAGCCCUCCUCUACCUGCAACCUCCUCCCCGAGGAUCAGCAGCUCCACCGGCAGCUACACGUCAGAGGUCCCCACGCAGGCCACCGUCCCAGUCACUGCACCGUCAGCCACGGUCUCCACCCUGUCCCUGCUGACGCCUGCAGCGCACCAGACGCCCGCUGUCAAAACCCAGAUACCCUCAACGGGAAGAGCUAAACCCACAAAAGCCACCACCCUGCGCACCGACACAAGUGCAGGAACCCAAAGAAGCACAACAACAGCUCCGAUCCAGUUCACCACCACCACCACGGACGCACACAGCACUCCGAGUGGGAGCUUGGAGACCCAGCAGACCACCGGGGGACAGACAGAGAGAGGAGCUACCGAGCGGGUGGUGACAACGCUGCCCCCUAGUGUUCCACUCACCAAGAGCACACCAAGAAACCCGUGCUCGUCAAACCCUUGCAUGAACGGGGGCAAGUGUGUGAGCUAUAAAGGGCCCGAGUACACCUGCGCCUGCCAGCAGUCCUGGACAGGACCGACCUGCAACCAGGACGUGGACGAGUGUGAGCAUGACCCCUGCCCCGUCGAGUCCACAUGCGUUAACACGCGGGGCUCCUUCAGCUGCGAAUGUCCGCUCGGCUUCGACCUCGAGGACGGACGCACCUGCACAAGAAUAAAAACAUUUCUGGGAACAUUCAGCUUUAACAGACACGAAGCUUCGAUCAAGAGCACCGCUAUGCAUGAGAUCCAGCGAGAGAUCAUCCAGCUGCUCAACGUGUCGUUGUCAGUCCUUCGAGGUUACAUUCGCUCCACUGUGAGGAAAAAGGACAAGGAUGAGGCUCAUAUCUUGGCUGUCAACAUGUUUUCCCUCUCCACGGAUGUGACGACCGCCGAGGUCUUCAACAGCAUCCAGAUGUCGCUCAGCAACUGCAGCUCCUCACUGACCCACUGCCGAAUGGUCCUGCAGUACCAGCUCUCCUACCACAUGGAGAGCCUGUGCGUGGCCCAGAAGACCCGCUGUGACGGGGAGCGCUCCACCUGCACGGACAGCACUGGGACGGCCUACUGCCAGUGUCUCCAAGGCUAUUACAAACACAACCCUGAGGACCUGUCCUGCUUAGAGUGUGGGGACGGCUACAAGCUGGAAAAUGGCUCCUGUAUCCCGUGCAUGUUUGGAUUCGGAGGAUUCAAUUGUGGAAACUUUUACAAGCUGAUUGCCGUCGUGGUGUCACCAGCAGGCGGCGCGCUGCUCCUCAUCCUCGUCAUCGCUCUCGUUGUCACCUGCUGCAAGAGAGACAAAAAUGACAUCAAUAAAAUAAUCUUCAAGAGCGGAGACAUGCAGAUGUCCCCAUAUUCAGACUUCCCAAAAAACAACCGGAUAUCCAUGGAGUGGGGCAGGGAGACCAUAGAGAUGCAGGAGAACGGCAGCACGAAAAACCUGCUGCAGAUGACUGACAUUUACUACUCUCCCGCUCUGCGCAACUCGGACCUGGACAGAAAUGGCUUGUAUCCGUUCCCAGGUCUGCCGGGGUCUCGCCACUCCUGCAUCUACCCCGCCCAGUGGAACCCGUCCUUCAUCAGCGACGACUCACGGAGGAGAGACUACUUUUAACAGCCCCGCCCUGCGAACACACACACAGACACUUUCUGUUAUCCUGACAAUGGCGAUGGUUGUCUGACACGGCGACAACACUCGUUUUUCCAAACUCCUUUUGACCAUCUGAAUUCAGGGUUGCACACUAACUGUGUAGAUGUGUAUGUAUGUAUACGCAUGUGUCUGCAUAUUAUUUAAGAACACAUAUUUGCUGGUAAAAUGUGCUCCGUCGUGACCAUUUAAGUGUUGUAGCAUGGCUUGAUUCCUUUACUUCAACUCAUGUGUACCUCACAUGGCUGCUGGACUGUUUGAAGUGUUUUUCCUGCCUCUAAUGUAGCAGCUGAUUCUCAGCUUCAGCGGAACCGUAGGAUAUCCAUUACCAUCGAAACAGGUCGUGCAGCAAGUCAAUAACGCAAGAUUGGACAUAAAAAGAUGUAUGGUGUUCCCAUUCUGCCCAGCAGGAUUGGGGAAAGGGGGACAAAACACAAUACACAAACGGUAAUGUGCGAUGUGAAGCCAAUAGACCAGAACGUGCAAAAAAUACUGAAACUGCAGCUCCUGGAGUGCAGAAAUAUAUAAAUACGUGCGUGCCACUGCUGUGAUCUGAAAUAAUCUUCUCAGAUGAGUCAGAGAGGAAAGUUUUGAUCAGACACGAGGAAAAGUAACUCACCGAAGAAUGCACAAAUUCUGAUUUCAUGCUGAACGAGACGGAGGAAGACUUUGUGAUCUGACACCGGCUGUUAUUUAUUAUUCUAUGUAUGUCCAAGCUGUUCACAUUCAGAAUGAUGGGUUUCUCAUCCAUACACACUGAAGGAUAAACCUGUGGCUUUAAGUGCGUGUGUGCAUGUGUUUGAGUGCAUGUGAGAUGAGGCGUGUGUGUGUGACAGGAAUAAUUGCGUGUAUAGCGGAAGGAUCAUAAAUGUUUGAAUGCCAGGAUGUAUCAUAAUUAGCUGUCCCUUCCACGAAUUAUAAUUUUUUAUGAGUAUUGUCUUUCUUUUUGUUUAUAAUGGAGUGUUGACUCUGGCGUUUUAGUCAGACGUGCUUAUUUAAAUAAAUAAAUGUUAAAACAAAAAAGAGAAUGUAACGGCCUCUUGUCUUUCGGGUGCUGCAAAUGCGUUCUGAAUAAACCACUUUUAUUGCCCUUU